AUGUCGACGACAACAAAGCUCAACCCUCGCAACUUCCCGCGACCGCCAUCUUGCGACAAGAUCUCGCGGCAUUUGCAAGUAAAGUGGAACGGCGAACUCAUCGCCGAGACCAAGGAGGCCUACUGGGCUCUAGAGACCUUUCAUCCGCCAACAUACUAUUUUCCUCCGUCCAGCAUGAAAGUACCGCUCUCAAAGACGAGCAGAUCGUCGUGGUGUGAAUGGAAAGGCAAAGCCACGUACUACGAAGUGGCAAACCCGACCAACCCAAGCGAAGUGGUGAAGAAUCGCAUUUGGUCUUACGAUGAUCCCACUCCAGGCUUCAAAGACAUCAAAGGCUACUUGAGCUUGUAUGUUGGGCCAUGGGAAUGCUGGGUGGAUGGGGAAAAGGUGAAGUCGCAGCAGGGCUCGGACUUCUAUGGUGGCUGGAUGAGCAGUGAUAUUGAUCCGACUUGGGUGAAGGGCGCUCCGGGAACGUUGGGCUGUCACGUGACUGUUGACGACGUCACUGGUCAACCUUCACGUCAGGCAACAAUACUUCUUACUUUUCCUCCUUCCUCCUCCGUCUCCCUUUCCUCGUUCGUCGGCCAACACCACUCCUACCCGGAGACCUGCGAGCACAUCAUGGCUCGUGCUAAGAAGAGAAAGAUCACAGAGGUUGCGGACAUUGAGGGCUACCAAUCAAUGACCAUCUAUCAGAAGAAAGUCGCCAGGAAGGCUGUGGUAACUACCAACCGCGCCAUCGAGUACGACAGGGAAGUAAAGCUGCGCCUGAAGAAGAUCGAACGUCCAGCCCGCAACCGAUUCUUCGACCUCCCGGGCGAGCUGAGAAACACGAUCUACGAGCUUUCCAUCGGUCGAUCAGUCCAAACAAGACUCCCACCUGAAUACCCACGAAGCGAUUGGCGUAAAUGGAUGGGACCAGAACCCAGUCUCCUCCGCGUGUCGAAGGCAAUCCGAGCGGAAGCUGGCUCGAUCCACUAUUCAGGAACCGUUUUCGAGAUCUACUUCAAAAGCAACGAGUGCGAGCAAGCGUGUGCUUUUGCGAUGCAGAAGUUGCAACUGUGGAUCCCCCGUCUGCGCAUCCAUGCCCGGCUGCACUUCACGUCAAUCAUGUGGAAAGAUAUCGGUGCCUGGAUAUUCCUUGCCAAGCUCAUCUUCAACAUGGACCUCGCCUGGCCCAGCCGAACCCGCUUCAGGCUCGCGUGGAGGAGGAUAAUCACGACUUCUUCCAAUCCAGGCAUCUGGUACGGCUCUAGCAAUCUUCGCAAGUCUCUCUGUGAGCUCAUCGACUUUUCGGUGGAGUACAGGAUGAAGGGAAUGAGCGAAGCCGACCUUGAGACACACUUCCACGGAUGGGCAUCAAAGAUCAUCGAGCAACCCGCCCGAAUCCCGAAUGCAAAGACUCGUGACGCUGUUGCACUGUCUUUGAGGAAAGUGGCGAUGACUACUCGCACUCGAAACAACUUUGUCAAGCGCCUGGCAAAGGAGGAGGAGGACUUGACGAGGAUGACGUACGGCGUUUACCCCCUGCCCACAACCAAACGUCCACGCUAGACGUACAAUCGAUCGGGGUUCUGACAGUUCUGACGGCGAGGAGCGAACAAAUCACCGGCGAUGGCCACAUCAUUGUGGCAACACUGAACAAUGUUUAGCUAUCAGAAGGCUCGAAUGAUAUGCAACAGGCGUGAGCGACACAACGCGGAAGAAGGAAGUGCGAUGAGACUGUCGCUGUGAAUUGGCG